CCCGUAACACUAUUUAUAUUAAAUUAUACGUUCUAACCGCUGGUAGGUUUAAGUAAUACCUUUUUCUUCAGAGUUCUACAAAUAUUACAAUGAAAGUGACAUUUAUUUCUUUUGUUGUGAUACUACUGAGUUUAUGUUUGGCAAGGGGGCUACAAACUCGUAAACAUCCUAGGGCUAACAUCGUAAGCAGUAACAAUAAGAAAUCCAGUCUUGGGAUAAUUAAUGGUAAAACCACUUCCAUUCAAAAAUUCCCAUUCAUGGCUGCCAUACUCCUGGAUAAUGAACUCUUUGGCUCAGGAGUUAUUCUCAACUCCCGCUGGAUACUGACUACUGCCUACACCGUUGAUUGGUGGAACCCGAACAAGCUGUCAUUCCGAAUCGGCAGUACCGAGUCUGAAGAUGGCGGCCAGAUCUUCACUGUAGACUAUGUUGUAGCCCACAAGAACUUCACGGGGUCCUGGGAUAACGACGUUGCGGUCGUCAAGCUCAACAAGCCCAUCAAGUUCGGGAAGAACGCAAAACCCAUCAAGCUUGGAACAGAAAAUCUCAAAGCGGGGACUAAAGGCUUAAUAGCAGGAUGGGGAGAGAGCUCAGAAUCCGAAAAGUCGUCUCCUGUCUUGCUGGAAGCAAAAGUGACAGUUUAUGACUGGAAGAAAUGUGAAAAAACCUACCCCAAUGACGUCACCCGUAGACAGUUCUGUACCUACGACACAAAAACUGGACCUUGCGAUUUUGACUGGGGAGACCCGCUGGUGUACAAGGGGAAGGUGUACGGACUGUUGGCUGGGCUCAGCGAUUGCCUCUCUUAUCCAGCUGUUUACACGGAUGUGUCUGCAUACAUUAACUGGAUCAAACGUGCAAUAAAGCAGUGAAUGACAAGACGAAUAGAAAAUUAAGUUCAUAUUAUAUAUUGUAACAGAGCUUAUUUAUGGAUGGCCUAAACUACCAUCUGUAUUAUACAGCAAUAAUAUUUAAA